UCUGUAGCCGACCUGGAAAUGUCGCCAUCAAUCCCCGUCCGUCGGAUAGCAGUCAUCGGCGCAGGGCCAUCUGGUCUCGCUGCAGUAAAAUAUCUGCUCGCGGAGAAAUCGUUUGAGAAAAUAGAUGUGUACGAGAGGAGAGAUCAGCCCGGAGGGGUGUGGAAUUAUUGUCCGGCAACCUUCAAGCAGCUCAUGAAAACCCCGGUGCCCCAGACCACUCCUAACGUGGGGCUCGAGGAACCAGUAUGGCAUCCCAAGGAACAUUCAAAAGAUCGAAUGGAGCCCACAUUUGUUUCGCCCAUUUACUCAACUUUGGAUACCAAUAUCCCCAAGGAGUUGAUGGCAUAUGGUGAAAAGGCUUUUCCCGCUGAUUCACAGGAGCUGCCGAAGUAUACGACGGUCAAGCAGUAUCUUGACGAAUAUGCGGCGGAGGUGAAACAUCUUGUUCAAUUCGAGACCCAGGUUUUGGAUGUGCGGCUCAAAGAAAAGAAUUCCCAGACAUGGGCGUUGACGACACGGAAUCUGCGAACCAGAGCCGAUCGAACUGAAACCUACGACGCCGUCAUCGUCGCUAGCGGUCAUUUCGAUGUACCUUAUCUACCGGAUAUAGUGGGGAUCAAAGACUGGGAUGCAGGGUAUCCAGGAAAUAUAUCCCACUCCAAACUCUACGACUCCCCAGAUCCAUUCCGCGGCAAAAAAGUCAUUGUCGUGGGAAGCUCUGCUUCUGGGCUCGAUAUUGGCAACCAGAUCAACAAAGUGAGCAAGGGCAAAGUACUGGCCUCACACCGGGCCAUGCCACUUCCGACUACCACAGACAAGAUCUAUGUUCCAGAGAUCAUGGAGUUCCUGUCCCCUGCCACUCAUGAUAGAGCGGUCCGCUUUGCAGACGGCAGAGUUGAAGCACAGAUCGAUGCAGUCCUAUUCUGCACCGGCUAUUUCUACUCUUUCCCCUUUUUGUCAUCACUCGACCCUCCGGUGGUUACCGACGGACGCAGGGUGGAAAACAUCUAUCAGCACCUCUUCUAUGCGCCCAACCCGACCCUCAUAUUCCCCGUCUUACCCCAGCGGAUCAUUCCAUUCCCAUUGGCCGAGAAUCAAGCGGCCGUCUUUUCUCGUGUUCUAUCCGGAAGACUGGCUCUCCCGUCGUAUGCCGAGAUGAAAGAAUGGGAGUACUCUACUCUUGAGCAAAGGGGCAGCGGCACACCGUUCCAUCUCAUGCCAUUCCCUCUAGACGCAGACUACAUGAACAUGCUUCAUGACUGGGCGUCCAAGGCCGAGCCACGACCUGGGCUUCCCAACGAUCAAAACGGCAAGCGAUGCAACCGUUGGGGAGAAAAGAACAAAUGGAUCCGACAAUUGACCCCUGAGAUACGGAGGGUAUUUUUCGAGAAAGGCGAGGAACGGAGAACCAUUAGAAGCCUGGAAGAGCUUGGGUAUGAUUUUGAGCAAUGGCAGAAGGAACAGGCCACACUAUAGUAGAUUUCAAAGGAUCCCACCGUGGGUCCAGCGCGG